AUGAGCCCCGUCGCGGGAACCCCGGAGGUUGCUAGCCCGCGCGCCGGCGACGGCUCCGCCGUGCCGCCGCUGGCGUCGCUCGCCAAGCCGUCGUCGUCGGGCGAUCUUUCGUCGCUGGGCGACGCGAACAGCGGCAUUCCGUGGUGGUCCGUCGCUCUGCCGCUCGAAUCCUCCGGCGGUGCCGCGUCGCCGCUCUUCUCCCCGCUUCUCUCGCCGUUGCCCGGCAAUUCCGGGUUGGGCGGCGAGGGCUUCGCGCUGUAUGGCGACUUGGGGCGGCUGGACGGCGAGUGGGACAGCCCCGAGGGGCGCCGCCAGUCGGACGCGUCCGCCGCCGCUGCUGCGGAUGACGACGCCGGCGGCGCUGCUGCUGCUGACGUCACACAAGGUGCGACGAUGCAAGCAGCGGCGGGAGAAGGGUGGGGCGACGAGGCUCUCAGUAGCGCCGGCAGUGACGACCAUGUCGCUGCUGCCGGUGCUGCCAGCGGUAUCAGCGGUGCUAGCGGUGCCGGCAGUGGCAUCAGUGGCGGUGGGGUGGCGCGCAGCAGCAGCGCGUGGGACGGGUGCGGCAACGACGCGAGCAGCAGCGGGGCUGCGGCGAGGAGGGGCGUGCAGGCGGAUGUGCCAUCCACCGCGAGUGGCGGUGAGGACAGCGCGGCAGGGCGCGCGGAGGAGCACGCGGAGGCUGUUUGCCCUCGCGGCCCUGCUGGGGGGCAGGCAGGGCUGGCGGAGAUGCGGCAGGCGGAGGGCGCAGCGUUGGAUCAGACAGGCUCGGAGCAGCCCGUGGUGAUAGAGGUGGUGAGAAUAGGCAGCGGGGCGAGCGGGGAUAAGGGGGAGCAGGUGGGCAGCGAGGCGAGUGGCGAGGCGGGUGCAGCGGGGCUGCAGAGGCGCUACCCCAGCUUCCGCGUGCGCGGCCAUGCGCCGGGCAGUGACCUGGUCGCGGCUCCCGCGAUGCCCGCGCUGGGGGCUGCUGCUGGGCCGGGCGGUGCGACAGCGCAUGGGGGAAUGCAGGGCGGGGUGGGGGAGCAGAAGGACAGGCCGCGGAGCAGCGCAGGCGUGGUGCGGCUGUGGUCGCCAGGCAGCUCGCCCCCCGACGCCUCCCCCUCCGCCCUCGCUGCCUCUGCGGUGGUGGCGGCAGCAGCAGAAGCAGCUGUGCGUGCAGCGGACACUGGCAGCGGCAGUGGCGAUGCCAUGGACAGCGCGGGAGCGUGGCGGCCCACUGCGCAUGUGGAUGGCUCACCUCUCCCCGCAGGUGCCUUGUCAGGUGAGGAUGCGUUGCUGCUUCACGUGCUUGUUGUGCUCAUUGUGUUCCUCUGCUGUGCACGUGCUGCUCCUCCCGUCCUCACCGCCCUCCCUGCGGUGCACAACAUGCAUGCCACCCAUGGCUGUGCCCUGCACGCGGAGGCGAGGAGCAGCCGGCGCCGGCGCAGGGCGCAGCAGAGGCGGGCGGGCGCGCGCGGGGCGAGCGGGUCUUCGGGGGAGUCGGAUGAUGACUUCUGGGGCACGGGGCAGGGCGAGGGGCGCUCAGGGGUGCAGGCAGGGGCGGACGGGGUCCAUGGGGCCGUGGGGGGGUUGCCUACAGGGGUGGUGGCGCCGUGUGAGAACACCGUUGCUGCUGCUGCUGGUGCUGCUGGUGCUGCUGCUGCUGGUGCUGCUGGUGCUGCUGGUGCUGCUGGUGCUGGUGCUGCUGGUGCUGCUGGUGCUGGUGCUGCAGCUGUUCAUAGAGGCAGUGAUGGGCGUGGCAGUGCGGGUGUAGCAGUGGAGGCAGCGAGUGGGAUGGCGGAGUGCAGCGGCGUGGAGCUGCGUCAGGGGGGGAGCAGCGAGGCGACAGCAGGGCGCGUGGCAGCUGAUGCUGCUGCCGUGGCAUGUGACGAGUCUCAGCAGGUGGGCGUGUGCAUGAGGCUGCUCAGCAGUAGCAUGAAGCAUGAAGAGUCGAGAGGGGGCAGCAAGGCGCGUUCAUUGGGGAUGACUGGGGAGUGGCAGAGGCGGCAGGGAGCAGCAGGGGCGGAGGCAGGGGCGGGGGCGCGAGGGGCAGCAGGGGAGUCAGUGCGGGUGGGGCGAGGAGCAGCGGAGGGCAGUGCGCCUGGCGGGCAGGCAAGGGCGGGUGGAGGCAGAGGCGGAGGCGAAGGCGGAGGGGGGCGCGUGGCAGAGCUGAGGGCGCGGCUGGCAGCCCGGGGUGCAGCGGGCUGGCCGGGUGACGCCGUGCCGCGCGCAGCUGCGGCAGCGGAUGGGGAAGGGCAAGGGAAGGGGGAGGCGGGAGGGGUGGGUGCAGGAGGGGUGGGUGCAGGAGGGGUGGGUGCAGGAGGGGUGGGUGCAGGAGGGGUGGGUGCAGGAGGGGGGAGCAACGUGGUGGUGCUGACAUGCCCGCACGUGGGGCGGCAUCAGCGGCAGCAGCAAGGCGAUGAUGGUGCUGGCGGCGCUGGUGGCGGUGACAAUGGUGGAGAUGCUGGCUGUGGCAGCAAUGCGGGAGGGGCAGCAGCGGAGUGUGUGGUGCACCUCAUUGGCACGGCCCACGUGUCCAAGGAGUCGUGCAACGAGGUGCGCCGGAUCAUCCGCCAAGUCCAACCCGACGUGGUGUUCCUCGAGGUGUGCUCCGACCGCGUCGCCAUGCUCAUGCCCAUGGACCACCUGCAGCUGCCAUCGCUGGCGGAGCUCAUCACGGUGUGGCGCAGCAACAAGUCCAACGCCUUCGCGCUGCUCUACGGCUACCUGCUCGCCAAGGUGGCAGCGCGCAUGGAGGUGUGUCCCGGGGCGGAGUUCCGUGCCGCGUACGAGGAGGCCGUGGCGUGUGGCGCCGUUGUCAAACUCGGCGACCGCCCCGUGCAGGUGACGCUGAGGCGCACGUGGGCGAUGAUGAGUCGGUGGCACCGAGUGAAGCUCGUGGCGCUGCUGCUGCUGCACGCGCUCUGCCUGCCCUCCAAGGCCGAGCUCCACCACCUCGUGGAGGAGCUCAAGUCAUCGGACCUGCUGUCACUCGCCGUGGCGGAGAUGGGGCGCGCCUUCCCCUCGCUCCUGCACGCCCUCAUCCACGAGCGCGACCUGUACAUGGCGUGCAUGCUGCGGCACGUGGCAAAGCGGAGCUCACGCGUGGUGGCGGUGGUGGGCAAGGGGCACGUGGCGGGCAUCACUGCCCAUUGGACGCGCACCGACAUUGAUGUAGCAGCGCUGCUGCGCAUGCCUGCGCCCCCCGCGCCCUUGUUCUCGCCGCUGGUGUGGCGCUGCUUGCUGGCCGGCAUGGCUCUGGGGGGCGUGGCCGCGGCUGCUCUCACCGUCACUGCAUGGCGCCGCCACUGA